GUCCGGACAACACCUCCCUGGUGUUCCUCAACGAUGCCUCCAUCUUGGAAAAUCUCCGAGUGCGACACGAGGUGGACGACAUCUACACAUACACGGCGAGUGUCUUGUUGGCAGUGAACCCGUACCACGACAUCGAAGGGCUUUAUGGUGAGGAGCAGUGCGCACGCUAUCGUGGGAAGCACAUCGGUGCUCUACCGCCGCAUCCUUAUGCCAUCGCCGAUACCGCUUACCGAGCCCUGGUGCGAGAGCGCAGAAACCAGGGCUUCGUUAUUUCUGGCGAGAGUGGUGCGGGAAAGACAGAAACUGCCAAGAUCGUCAUGGAGUACUUGGGCUUUGUUUCCGGAUCCUCCAACCAGACGACGGCGCAGAUCCAGCGCAGAGUUCUUCAAGCGCAGCCUAUUCUGGAGUCCUUCGGUAACGCCGUUACCAUGAGGAACAACAACUCCUCACGAUUCGGCAAGUACAACCGCAUCUUCUUCGACGAGUCUGGUACACUCGUCAAUGCUUCUGUGACGACCUACUUGUUGGAGAGCUCCAGGGUUGUGUCCCACGCCAAGCGCGAGCGCACCUAUCAUUGUUUCUACGAGAUGCUCAGUGGACUCUCCGAUGAAGAGCUCUCGAAGCUGCAUCUGGAUCGAAGUGAGCCCUAUCUCCUCCUUACCGGCGAGGCCGAAGAUCUCGACUGGAAUGCUCAAUUCGAGGAGCGAGACCAGAAGCACUUCGACCGCCUUUGGUUUGCUUUGGCGGAGGUCGGCUUCAGUGAGCCGGACAUCAACGCCAUCUUCCAG